CGGGGCGGGUGUCACUUUCAUCCAUGCCGUUCACAUAUUGUGGCUUAGUUCCACGAUUACUCAGUUUCAGAUCUAGUUCCUCUUCGACCAGACAAGUCAGGCUACGAAUUCCGAUACAAAAGACGACUGCUUCCCCCGGUCGGAUUAGUGGUGCCACAAUUUCAUCAUCAUUCGCGUCGCGCACGAGUGCCUGCAUUCUUCACUUCCCCUCACAUCGAACUCUUCUCCAACGUCAACAACCUCAUCUCAGACCUUCACAAUCGACUGCGCGAUACAGAUUCAGCACCAUGGCUUCUGCUACUACAUUUUAUGACUUCGAGCCUGUUGACAAGAAAGGCGAAGCUUAUCCCCUCAACCAGCUAAAGGGCAAAGUUAUCCUUGUCGUCAACACCGCGUCGAAAUGCGGUUUCACGCCUCAAUUCAAAGGCCUCGAGACCCUUUACCAGUCCAUCAAAGCCAAGCGCCCCGAUGACUUCGUUAUCCUUGGUUUCCCCUGCAACCAGUUUGGCGGUCAGGACCCGGGCUCCAACGACCAGAUUCAGGAAUUCUGUCAAUUGAACUACGGCGUUACCUUCCCCGUUCUCGGCAAGACGGAGGUCAACGGAGAUAAUGCGAACCCUCUUUGGACUUGGCUGAAAGAGAGCCAGCCUGGUCUGUUGGGGUUGAAGAGGAUAAAGUGGAACUUUGAGAAAUUCCUGAUUUCCGCGGAUGGCAAGGUUGUUGGGAGGUGGGCUAGUACCACCAAGCCUGAGGGAUUGGAGAGCAGGAUUUUAGAGGAGAUUGAGAAGGCCGAGAAGCAGGGGCUUCUGGCUUCGAAGGCUAUGCAGCCCGAAGCUGCAGGUACGGACGGGGAGACUGCCAAGCUGGCGUAA